AUGCAUCAUGGAGAACCCAGCAGUGGCGACCUCAACAUCAGAGGCCUGCAGGAUCCAGGAAAUUCAGAGCCCAUGGCCCUGAACUGGGCAGAAGUCAUGCCCAGAGGGCCUGACCCUUCAGGUGACCAGGAACCAACUGACCAUUCUCCGAGAGUGGAAAGGCGGCAGCAGCCACCGGGAACCCAAGGCUGUCUUCAGCCUCCAUGCAGCACCUGGCUGACGAGUUCCAGAUCCUUUGAAGUGAGUGUUACACACACCAUACCCCUUCCCACAGUCCUGGCUGUUGAGCAGGGUUGUGGGCUGGCCCUGUCUUGA